CUUUAAACUGUCAAACUGUUGGACGGCUAAUAAUUUCAAUAAGGACUAAUUUCGUUCAGGCAGUUUUCUAGUCAGCUGCUUCCGGGGGUCCUCGUGAUGUAAACAAGGGUCCUCCCACCAAAGAUGGAGCCGAGCUACACAAUGGUAACCUGACAGAGAGAGAGAGACGAUUUACAUCAAACAUGAAAAUACCGAAGAGGAAACUAUUCCUUCUGAUUAUUUUUGCGUACGUUGCGUUUUCACUCUACGCUGCGUACAAUGUUUUCUUCAGCACCAAGGUGAUCUCCCGCGUGCACAGGGUGGUGAAGAAGGAGACAGGAGCACCGUCCGGUGGGGUCAGAGAUGGCGGUGCUGCUCCGUUUUUAGCCGACGAUUGGAAUCCGUGGGAGGACGAGCAGGUGGAGUACAACUCGGCUUUGAACAAGAAGCGAGAGGCCUUCAAGCAACACCUGAGCCGAGUCGACAAGAACAAACCGAAAAGAUUCAAGGUCCAAAUCUGGGGGAAAGCAGCCGUAGGGCUUUACCUUUGGGAACAUAUUCUAGAGGGACCCCUCAACCCCACUGACAAGGUGGCACAAUGGAGAGAGGGAGAGCUGCAGGCAGGAAAGAUCGACUUCAGUUUCUACACAGGUCCUGCUGUCGUCCAGGGCCACGUCCCUCUAGAUAUGAACAGCCUGGUUGUGGUUCUGAACGGCCGCGAGCAGCAGAAGGUGUCGUACUCCACACGCUGGUUGGAGCAUGUCCAGGCUCUGGUGCAGUCCCACACAGUGGCACAUGUGGCCGUGGUCCUGCUGGGUAACGAGCACUGCAACAACGGCUGGAUCGGCCCCUACUUAAAGCGGAACGGUGGAUUUGUGGAGCUGCUGUUUGUGGUGUACGACAGCCCCUGGAUCAACGACAAGGACGUCUUCCAGUGGCCUCUCGGUGUCGCCACGUACAGACAGUUCCCGAUGAUCAGGCCUAACACUCAGCUGAUCACCUCCAACAGACCAUACCUCUGUAACUUUCUAGGAACUGUUUACAAAAACUCGUCCAGGGAAACUCUCAUGACGGUGCUGAAACAAUCGGGUCUGGAGAAAGAAUGCAUCACCACAGCCAGGGAGAAGUGGCUCCCUCAGGAGACGGCCGACAGUCUGAGGAGUUAUCAAACAGCGUUGGCGCAGAGCGAGCUCACCCUGUGCCCGGUCGGGAUCAACACAGAGUGCUACCGUAUCUACGAGGCGUGCUCGUACGGCUCCGUGCCCGUGGUGGAGGACGUCCUGACGCCCGGGACGUGUGCGGCCGGUCCCAGCUCCCCUCUGCGUCUGCUCAAAGCCGCCGGGGCACCCUUCGUCUUCAUCAGUGACUGGAAGGAGCUGCCGGCCAUCUUGGAGCGGGAGCGAGGGAUGAGCCAGGAGCAGAGGGUGGACAGGAGGAGGAGGCUGCUCGAGUGGUACGCAGGUUUCCGUCAGCAGAUGAAGGAGAGGUUCACCGAGGUCAUCGAGGAGACCUUCUUCAAAAGCGUCUGACUGUGAUGGCGCUUCACAAACCUUUACGCAGGGGUCGAUGUUCCAUAGUAGUUUAAAUUAUUUUGUGGAUUGUGGAGAAAUGUGACUUACUACUGGUGUAAUGAACAUGAUUGAAUCUGUGUAUUAAUCCUGUGCUGGUCAUGUCUGUCGUGAUGAAGCUGCUGUGAGAGGUCCUUAAAGGGACUAUAUUUAUUAUCGUCAUGUUUACAAUGGUGGAAUGUGCAGCUCUUUUAGAAACGAUGAACUGCCUUUGCAUUUUAAAGUGUUAUUAACUCAGCUGUGUUUUAUAUCUGUUUGUAUGCACUAAACAUUCGGCGCCGGUUUUAUCGAGGGCCUCGUGGCUAAAUGGUGAGUAGAGACGUGUUGUUUGGUGAGCAGCUUGAAAAGGAACGUCGUUGCUGUGGCAUGAUUUACUGAUCGAAACUGUUUCUUUGUUUCUGUUCUGUGCUGCAUGGAUCCUUUUUAGAGAAAGUGCAAUAAAAGAAAGCCGACUGUUGCAGUAAAGAGAA